UUCUGUUCUCUUUCCAUGAAAAUUCAUCCAGUGAUCCCAAGGAAAGCUCUAAAGAGAAGCUAUGACUGUGUGGACGGUGACUUGGACUGUUACGACCUGAAAGGCAGGCGGAACGCUUUCCUCAUGUGUGUGAAGAAGAACAGGCCAGGGUCUGACUGGGAUGUUGGUUUAAUGAAGAAAUGGCUUAGCCAGUGCCAGUUUGAAUAUACGCCAUGCAUCGACCCUGACAAAAAGGAGUUACUUGAAAAACUAACAUCAUUUCGUGAUGGAUUAAAUGAAAUUAAAGAUGAAAUUAGCUGUUGCCUUGUCACUCUUAUGUCCCAUGGAGAAAAAGGCUAUCUUAAAAUAAGAGAUGAUGAAAGAGUCAGCCUGGAAGAGAUUUUUGAAAUGUUUAAUAAUAAAAAUUGUCCAGCACUUAAGGAGAAACCAAAGAUCUUUAUAAUCCAGGCCUGCAGAGGAGAGAGAAGAGAUAGUGGUGUUGAAACAGAUGAUGAACCCAUGGACUUGGAUGACAUAUCAGAGAAGAAGAGGCUGCCCACGUUCAGUGAUUAUUUCAUCAUCUAUCCUACCCAGGCAGAUCAUGUUGCUUUACGGCACCCCCGCACCGGCUCUGUGAUGAUCGAAGCCAUGACUGAAAUCUUCCAACAGCAUGGAAAUAAGUUUCACAUCGUUGACUUUUUCACCAAAGUGAAUAACAAGGUGGUGCACACGGAAUUUUUUCUACGCGAGGAACCAAUAAAAGUGUCUCUCGUCAUGGAAUCGACUCUCACUAGAUUCGUGUACUUUUGACGCCGGGACAGUUUAAGAAAUAAGGACUUCUUUAUCAUAGACUUCGUAAAGAACUGUGAGGCUUCGUAGCAUAGGACAAACGAAUAUCAUUUUGUAUUAUUUUUGUCACUAGUUGUAUUUCUCUAAUUUGUUUUGUAUACAUAUGCUGUUUUUCUAAGAUUUAACUCCGCAUAUUUGGAGUUUGUAAAUAGA